GAAGAACGAGAAAUACCAGGAGGGAAAAUAGAGGCGGUUUGACUUGUUUGUUUUGUCUUGUACACAUGUAUAUAAAGUGAGCAAACCGAUAGUUCGUCGCAGUUUCUUGACGAGCGCAGAUCAACCAAAAGCUCCAGUUAUGAAGUGUAUCAUCUUCGCCUGUGUUCUGGCCCUGGCCUUCGCUGCUCCUCAGCAGUUCCAGGACCCUGUGGCCAUCACCAGGGACGAAAGGGUCGAUAACGCCGACGGCAGCUUCCAGUACAUCUUCGAGGCCGAGAACGGCAUCUCCGCUCAGGCUGUGGGCGUCCCAGGAGUCGAAGGGCAGUCCAACAUCGAGGGAUCCUACAGCUUCCCACUUCCUGACGGCAGUGGAAUCGCCGAAGUUCGCUACGUCGCCGACGAGAACGGCUUCCGGGCCGAGUCCCCUCUCCUCCCCGUCGCUCCCCCAGCCCCAGCCCACGUCGAGGAGCUCCUCAGGAUCGCUGACGAGCAGAGGGCAGCUGGAAUCACCUUCGAGUAAAAAGAGAGAUCGAGCGAGACAAGACUUUUAGGUUAUGUCCGAUUGAUUCUUUCUUUUUUUCUCUCUCUCUUAGCAGAACAGUCGAUGUUGUCCCGUGAAACUGAUUAUUAUUGUCAAUAAAGGUUAAAAUUCA